AUGGUAGACUUGCCAGCGAUCCUUGAAGAAGCUGCUCUCCGCUACCGCGGCCCAGGUGGUGCAAUUGCUGUCGUUCAAGAUGGAAAGCUGGCUGCGCAGCGAGUCUGGGGGUUUGCGGACAUAGCUCUUAGAAUCCCUAUGGAUCCGUCCACGAUACUCCCCAUAUGCUCCAUCUCAAAGCAGAUGGUAUGUGCUGUGAUCCACGACCUGAAGCGCUCCCCAACUGCCGUAAUGGCAUCGGCAGAUGUGUCGCCCUCCGAGCUGUUGGAACAGCACCUACAUGAGCUGCUCGGCCACCAAGAUCAGCUCAAAGACGUGUCGAUUCAGUAUCUAAGCAACAAUCAAUCCGGUAUUCGAGACUACUGGGCUACCAACACACUGCUAGGAGCUCAUCCUGAGGAUCUCUUCUCGCUCGAGACGCACGCCGUGGACAUGGUCCGCCGUAUCAAAUCCUUGCAUUUCACUCCGGGCAGCGAGUACUCGUAUUCCAACACCAACUUCCACAUCCUAGGCCGAGUCGCCGAACGUGCCAGUGGUCAGUCGCUACCCGACUUGCUCUCCGAAAGGAUCUUUCGUCCCGCCAAAAUGACGACGGCAUCCCUCCAUCCACCAUCCGAUGACCAGCCCGGGCCCUGCGUGGGCUACGAAGUCAACGAGGCUCUUGGCUACUUCCCUGCCAAGAACCGAAUUGAGUGGUCUGGCGAUGCUGGCAUCGUCGCCUCGCUCGAGGACAUGAUUGCAUAUGAGAUUUACCUGCACCAGCUAUGGACGGACCCCAAGAGCUGGUAUCGAGAACACUCCGAGCCCGGAACGUUCAGCGACGGCGCACCGUCUCUAUACGCGAAUGGCCUAAGCUUCGCCGACUUGGACGGCAUACCCAACCUUGGCCACGGGGGAGCCCUUCGCGGCUAUCGUCUCUACCGCCGUCACACGCCCUCCAAGGGGCUCUCCGUCGUUGUCAUGCUCAACCAUGAAGCCGACGCAGCGGAAGCUUCAUCUUUCAUCACACGGAAGAUUCUGGGGCUGGACGAGCCAACGGUGGCGGCGCCGUUUUUCCAUCGUCCCGCGAAAGAGUGGGAAGGGCACUUCUUGGAUAGGGGCACCAACAUGGCUGUCAGCGGCGACGUCACCAAGCCCGGCAUCGUUGCGAUCGAUUACGCUCGAAAGGCCGAGACUAUCCGUUUGCUCGGGUCGAAUGAGGCCGAGUCUGUGGAGAUGAAGGCUGAGAUUCGCGGAGACACGAUUCAUGUACGUCGGGUAAGAGACAACAGGGUCCUGGAAGGGAUUCGCCUGCAGCCCGAUGCUGCCAAGAGGCGCGACCCGUCUCUGCCCGGGGAAUAUUUCUGCCAAGAGCUGGAUUCUUACUUCCUCUGCAUCGGUCAAGGCGAGGUCUUGUAUGGCGCAUUCAAGGGGCCUCUAGGGUCCGGGGGCGCUACGGCUAUGAGAUAUCUGGGAGGUGAUGUGUGGUUACUGGCCUGCCCACGCGGCCAAGAUGCCCAGCCCCCGGGCGACUGGACCAUUGUAUUUCAUCGCGAUGCCUCCCAAGGCAAAAUCACCGGUAUGACAAUCGGCUGCUGGCUUGCUCGGGGCUUUGAAUUUGAGAAGCAGACGUAA